GCAGCGUAUCGUGCAAUCAUUCGAAGAAGACGAGAAAAAGGGCGAGAGUGAAACUUUACAGACCUUUCUGACUCAAAUUUUUUCAGUUGUUUUAGUUUUACGGUGUUAAAAGUGAAAUUAAACAGACAUACGCGCUCUUAUUUGUCGAUAUCUGACAGCACUCACAGACAGCACGGAGAAGUCGGAAUGAUCCUGAGCAGUAAAAGGUUGUGGCGGCUUCUUUAAUAGCUGUCACCACGGCGGGGGAUCUCCGGACCUCCGUCUGCAGGGUGGUCAUCUACCUCCAAAGGGACAUGUCUGGGGAGAGCUGCCUGCCCCAGCAUCACACCCAGUCCCACUGUGCCUCCUCAGCCCUUCCUUUGUCUUGUCCCAAGACUAAGACCUGCAGCUAUCGUGGAGCUGUGGGCUUGGGCAACAAGUAUGUGCGGCUUAAUGUGGGUGGUAGCCUGUUUUACACCACACUGCAGGUGCUGACCAGGCACGACUCCAUGCUGAGAGCCAUGUUCAGUGGAAAGAAGGAAGUGUUUACGGACAAAGAAGGUUGGAUCCUGAUUGACCGCAGCGGGAAACACUUUGGCAGCAUUCUGUGUUACCUGCGUGAUAGCACCGUGACUUUACCCAAAGGUCGUCAGGCUGUCCUGGAGCUGCUGGCCGAGGCAAAGUAUUACCUCAUCGAGGGCCUGGUAGAGCUUUGUCAAAAUUCCCUGCAGGACAAUAAAGAGCAGCCUAUGUGUCUCAUACCUGUGGUCACCUCCAGGAAGGAAGAGGAAAGGCUCAUCCAGUCCUCUAAGAAGCCUGUGGUAAAGCUGUUGUACAACAGAAGCAACAACAAGUACUCCUACACCAGUAACUCUGAUGACAACCUGCUGAAGAACAUCGAGCUGUUCGACAGGCUCUCCCUCAGUUUCAACGGCCGCGUCCUCUUCAUCAAAGACGUGAUCGGAGAUGAGAUCUGCUGCUGGUCAUUUUACGGUCAGGGCCGCAAGCUGGCCGAAGUCUGCUGCACCUCCAUCGUCUACACCACAGAAAAGAAGCAGACCAAGGUGGAGUUUCCUGAAGCACGAAUCUAUGAGGAGACUUUGAACACAUUGCUGUAUGAGACGAUGCCGUUGCCUGACAACUCCCUGCUGGAGGCAACCAGACGGAGCUACAACAACUGCGGCUCCCUCAGUGAGGAAGAGGACGGGCCAGGAGGAUCUGAGCUUCGAGAGCGAGUCCGCCGAAUCCACGUCAAGAGGUACAGCACGUAUGACGACCGGCCGCUCGGACACUGAGACUGAAAACGCUGCGUAGACUUCAGCCUUUCACAUCGAGGAUGAACUUUCAAACAUGAUGCUGAUGUGCUGUCAUUUCUCCUGAGAAUGUUAGACUCUCUUUACCACUAUGUGAAGUAAGAAGUUCAGCUGUGGCCUUAAAGUUUUUAAACCUGACUUUUUAAAAUUCAGAUAGCUGUGAUGUCAUCUACUCUGUCCACCAUUAUUAUCAGAAAAUUCAGAGUAGUUUUUCUUUUUAAAUGUAGAUUAGUAGAGGGUAAAUCACUAUUAUGCACUAUUUCUUAAAAAAAAAGUAUUGUUACAAUGAAAGCACUUACACUCAAUCAGUAUGAGAGUGUGUUUUAUAUUUAUAAAUUAUAUUUUCAUACACAUUUUAACAUUAACAAGAUAAACCUGUUUUCUCCAGAAUCAGUGUGCCUUUUUGAAUACAUGUACCAAUAUGCCUUUUUCCAGUUGUGAAGAUAAAAGUUCAUUAUUCAGCA